CCUUCAACAAAUAAUAUGUUAUAAAGAGAAGGAGACCACAUCAAUGGCUGUCACAGUAUAAACGAUCGCCUUCGAACUGCGGGUCCGUCACUCGGCCUUUGGCCCAAAAUGCCCCGAACUUCGAUCUCAGCCAGUGCCCGCGCAGUCUGAACUGCCACGGUCGCUGCAGCUAUUUAGGUCUCAGCACUUGCUUGCUCAACACAAGAGUCGAGAUGAACGUGUCGCAGUGCUCGACAAUAUCGUCGAGCAGCGCCGAAAUCUGCCGCAUCUGCCACUGCGAGGGCGAAUUGGACGCGCCGCUGAUCGCACCGUGCUACUGCGCGGGCUCCCUGCGCUACGUGCACCAGGCGUGUCUGCAGCAAUGGAUCAAGUCGUCGGACAUCCGCAGCUGCGAGCUGUGCAAAUUCCAGUUCGUGAUGCAAAGCAAAGUGAAGCCGUUCUCCAAGUGGGAGUCGCUGGACAUGUCGCCAGUGGAGCGGCGGCGGCUGCUGUGCAGCGUCGCCUUCCACUCAGUCACCCUGGCGUGCGUUGUGUGGUCUCUCUACGUCCUGGUCGAUCGCACCGCCGACGAGGUGCGCAAGGGCAUGCUCGACUGGCCCUUCUGGACCAAACUGGUGGUGGUGGCCAUCGGCUUCAUGGGGGGCAUUGUUUUCAUGUACAUUCAGUGCAAAUCGUACCUGCGGUUGUGCCAGCGCUGGCGCGCCUUCAACAGGGUCAUCCACAUUCAGGACGCCCCUGAGAAGCAGCCGGGCGCCAUCAGCCUUUCCUCGGUCACCGUCGAGCCGCUGCCACCCUGCGAGGCCAGCAGCCUCCUAGAGCAGGGCGACCUGGGCACUCCCCUCCACCCCAUCAACAUUGUCCAGCAUGUCCCGGUGGCGCCGCCAGACGUUGCCAGCAGAGCGUGAAUGCGUCCGCUGCAAAUUUCGCUUUGAUUUGAUGUCUCGCAACUGCCAAAGGUGUUGUGGGAAAUUUGUGUUAUCGUUGUCCCUUAACCCAUGUUGACCUCAUCAAGGACACGCGUCCUCUUUUCCGGUGCUCAUUCAACCAAAUCAUCCUUUAAUUUAGUUAACUGAUUGUAAUUUCAAAUUUCAUAUUCCUAACUCAUGAAAAGUUUUUUGACUGAUAUCUUUUAUUUGUAAGGUUGUGCCCAAGAAAAUCCGGUGCUUUUUUACAGAAAGUUGAUGAGCGGAAUUUCCCGUGCACAAGUAUGGAAAUUCGGAAGCACCUCGUCCAAAUCACUUUCGCAGUGCUGACGGUGAACCGGCAAAGAAAAACUCGUACAAGGUGAUGAUGGACAAUUAUUGAAUAUCUAAUCAUAACAUAUUAUUACGGUAACCGCAGUUGUACUUACUGGUUGAUUAAUUAACUUCAUUUGGGCGAGCACUCUACACAGAAACCCUUUGAUUUGUGGUAGAUGUUGGUCGGAAUUUAUGAAAGAUGUUUUUAUUACUUAAUUUUUAUCAUUUCAACCGUGGGAUUAACUUCACUAUUUAAAUAAAGUACUUCUAUAGCUGUAAAAUUUCUUUGCGUUGACCAAAAUGUGGAAUUUCGUUUGUGCCAUUUGUACAUCAAAGGAUAACUGGCUGAUCAAUUCAGAAAUUUUGGAAAUUGUUGUCUGAUGCUCAAUUAAACAGAGGCCAUGCCAGUCAGUUUCCUUUUUGAAAUCGUAGAAUGGAAGUGAUAUGUUGGAGACUAAAGUAAAACGUAACUUGUAUUUAAUGGAUUAAAAGAGAGGCUUGUAAACUAUUUUCCUCUGCAAAUGUUAUAUGUGUUGAACUUUGUAGGUUAGUGUGAAAAAUGUGAUAAAAUGGAUAAAAACUACCAACUUCAUUCUUCUGUCGAGCAAAACAAAGUUUUAACACUCACACAAAUUAAUUUACUAUCUCUCGGUGCUUCUUUUCUGAAAAAGUUGACCAAAGAACAAAAUAUAUUAUCAACUGCAUAAAAUGAGAAUGUUCUUUUGAGUUCCUUUGCUGCAAAAAAACUUGAUGGGUUCUAUAUGUUCGAACAAAGUAAUAGAUUUAGAGAGAUGAAAAGCACAGUUCCUUUCUUGAAUGGAUUUUUAUCAAUGUUAUGGAGAGUGAUUUGUUGAUUCAUGUCGCGGUUGACUGCACUCCGUUCUUGUCAAAAUUUGUGCUUGCUUUGAAAAGUGUUUUCAGGCCGAUGAUAUUUAAUUUUUUACUGUUUAUUUUGAGUUGCGAAAUAAAAAGCCACAUGGAGUUUA